AUUGGUUCCUUGAGCUGCGCUUUGAUAGCAUUUUCGGAGGAGUUACUUUCUAAAUUACACAUUAGACUAGGACUUUAGAGCGCUUGUGUCCUAAUUUGUGUCCCGAUAUGGCCAAAUCUUUCAUCGAUAGGCACCCGCUUCAGUGGAUGCCGAGCCCUUCACGUCGCUUGUCAGCCUUGGUUCAUUUGGCCGGACUUUCGAGCUUUUUGUGGUCAUUCAAAUACAUGCACGAAAACCCUAACCAAGCUAAUCAAGCAUAUGGUUGGCAUUUUCAAUAUCUGACCGUGAUUGGCCUGUCGUUGUCAACACUCACUUUUGCGGUUGCACUACUAGCGGAUAUUACCUCGUCCCGGCGACUGUUCCUGAUCAAAAAUAUCCUAUCGACAUGCAGUGCCCCCCUUGAGGUUGUGAUCAGUGUUUUAUACUGGGGUCUUCGCUUGAUUGAUGAGCGUUUGGUGAUCCCCGAGGAUAUUUUUAUACCUGUUCAUGCCGAUAUCAGCUUCCACGCAACACCGUCGGUGGUGAUGUUGAUUGACCUGCUGCUCCUAUCCCCACCCUGGACAAUCACUGCCCUCCCUGCACUGGCGUUGUCUGGCACUAUCGCCUUCGGAUACUGGUUCUGGAUUGAGCAAUGCUUCUCCCAAAAUGGAUGGUACCCAUAUCCUAUCUUCGAAGCACUGCCCACAUCAGGUCGUAUUGGCCUAUUUACUCUCAGUGCCGUCGUUAUGGCACUGAGCACCAUUACGCUGAAGUGGCUCCAUGGACGUGUCAAUGGAUUUGAUAGCCUCAUGAAGCCGGAAUCCCGUCCGGGUGAUAUUAAGCGAAUGAACGGUCUGUAGGUGCAUGUAUCGCAACAAUACUGUCACCUUUCACCUUGAUCGGGGUCAAUUGGCUCUUGUAUCUGCCUCAUGUGGCAGGCGGGUUCUAAUCUUGAGGUAUCCACAAGAAGGAAAUUUUGGCGCAUUGCAUUGAUCAUAAGCGUCUUGGUUGUCGCCUUUUUUUCCGGGUACAUCCAUGAAUUUUGGGGUCUCCAUCAUCGCUGCAUCUACACCUCAUCAUAUCUCAAACACAAACUAUGGUUACAAUACUAUUAGAAUCAAACUUAAAC